UGUGAAGUGUAUACUGAGACAUAUUCUGAAAUGAACGCUGUUUGACUCACAGACCACGGGCUGCAGGCAGGGGUGGGAAUCUGGAGUCACUCCUGGGAAUCUGCAAUGCUGAUGCUACCAGUCCAUGUCCAGGAGUCAUACCAGUGAUUUAAGGAAUUAAGGAUCGUUAGAGAAGAAACACUUUGGCCACUUCAAGAUGACAAGCACACACUGGACUAAACUGCUUCACUGAAAGGAAACCUAUUAUACCAGCGCCACCAACCCCGCCAAAGAAAAUUUUAAGGCCUCCCCCGCAGAAGUUACAGCAUGAUAAAUUCCACCACCAUACAACCUCCAAACGAGGCCUGCUCCCAGAACGCCCUCAUAACUCAGAGGAUCAUUCCUGGGCUCUACUUGGUGGUCUUCAUCGCGGGCAUCCUGCUCAACGGCGUAUCUGCGUGGAUAUUCUUUUAUGUGCCCAGCUCCAAGAGUUUCAUUGUUUAUCUCAAGAACAUUGUUGUCGCUGACUUUCUGAUGAGCCUGACUUUUCCCUUUAAAAUUCUUGGGGAUUCGGGCCUGGGACCCUGGCAGAUAAACGUGUUUGUGUGCAGGGUCUCAGCUGUGCUCUUCUAUGUCAACAUGUACGUCAGCAUCGUGUUCUUUGGGCUCAUCAGCUUUGACAGGUAUUAUAAAAUUGUAAAGCCUCUUUUGACUUCCUUCAUCCACUCGGUAACUUACAGCAAACUUCUGUCAGUGACGGUGUGGGUGCUCCUGCUCCUUCUGGCUGUCCCCAACAUUAUCCUGACCAACCAGAAAGUGAGGACCGUGAAGGCUACGCAUAUAAAAUGUGUGCAGCUUAAAAAUGAACUGGGACUUAAGUGGCACAAGGCAUCAAACUACAUCUUUGUGGGUAUCUUCUGGAUUGUGUUUCUUUUGCUGAUCAUUUUCUAUACUGCGAUCACGAGGAAAAUAUUUAAGUCCCAUCUAAAAUCCAGGCGGAAUUCCAUUUCGGUCAAGAAGAAAUCUAGCCGCAAUAUAUUCAGCAUCAUGUUCGUAUUUUUUGUCUGUUUUGUGCCCUACCACAUUGCAAGAAUCCCCUACACGCAGAGCCAAACAGAAGCUCAUUACAGCUGCCAUUCGAAAGAAAUUUUGCUCUAUGUAAAAGAAUUCACUCUACUACUAUCAGCUGCAAACGUAUGCCUCGACCCUGUUAUUUAUUUCUUUCUAUGCCAGCCAUUUAGAGAAAUCUUAUGUAAGAAACUGCACAUCCCAUUAAAAGCUCAGUAUGACUCAGACACUUCUAAAACCAAAAGAGGAAAUACAAUGCAUGAAAGCACAGACACUCUGUGAAUUCCCACCUUUCAAAAAGAAUCCAUGUACACAUUUUGCAAUCUUAAGUUACAUAAGAAUAAAAAAGAAACAUGUCCAUGCUACUAAGUAUCAGGUCUAGGCAUUACUAUCCAAUUUAGUAAAAUAAUAAACAAAACAUAACCUCCCCCUGCUUUUUUGUAACUGCAGAGGAAAAAGUAAUACACGCAUUGUUCAAUUUUAUUCCAUCAAAACAGAAGCUUCCAACUUAUAAUCACUCAUUUGGUCAGUUAAUGUAGAAGUUUAAUUAGCAUAAAAUAAAGGAAAUAGGAAGCAAUCAAGACAAUUCACUGGGGAGUGUUCCUUCUCUAAAUACAGGAAUUUAACUUAUGUGGUUUUUUUCAACAGGGUUCCUCAAGACCAACCUAAAAGCAGGCAGAGUUUCAUUAAGAACUAGAGGCCUGUUUGGAGUGAAAAAGUCAAAUUUUCUCUGAUUUCACUUAGGAAAUCCCCUACUGAUUUAUCUCAUAGCAUUUCAAAGGAAAGUUGAUAUAAAUUCUGUUCUUUGUAGUAAAAACAAAAUGUAAUACUUUUUCCUGGUAACAUUUUGAAGGUAAUAAUAAGAUACAUUUUGAAUGUUUUCUAUCAACACUUACUAAGCUACAUGUUGAGCCUGCAGUUCUAGUGUUAAAAUAUUUUUAAGUGGACUGUGUUGAAGGAAACUGGAUAUUGGUAUAUGUUGCCAGCAAUUUCCUCUAUUGAAUGCUAUAGCGGGAAAAAAAAUAUGACUGGUACAAAGACGCACACACACACAAACUAACACACAAACAUAUACACACAGCAUGCAUAUGCACACAUAUAUCUAGGGGAAACAGUUUUCUCUGAAGGCAACUGGACUUGAAAAAAAGGAAAAUCUAAAAUUUACAAUUAUGAGUGAGAAAUUACACAUGAAAUGAAAAUCUGUGACAUUUUCUGAAAAGGAGAUGGAUUUAAAGUAUGUAGAUAUGGGAUGUGGUUGCUGACUUGUGAGGUAUCAAAACUAAAUUCUUUCUCUGCUCUGAACUGCCUAGAAGAUAUCCAGAAAAUACCUUCCAAAUGUUAUUUCCAGACAUCGU